AUGGCCAAGCUCAUUACAUCGGAUAAUGUCUGCGAGGAUGGAUCGGACAUAUUUCACGACGACUAUUACGACAUAUGCUAUAAAUACUAUUCAGGUGUCGCUGAUUAUCAUAAGAUGGUCAAAGAGUGCAACGCUCUAAACGACUCAUCCCUGCCCACCAUUAAUUCAAAAGCUGAGCAAGAUUUUUUAAUCAACAUGAUGAUUAAAUACAAAAUGGUGGAGAGUGUAUGGCUGGACGCCAGCAUCAAAGACAAGCACAUUGUUUGGUCCGAUAGGAGUAGUGGUGAGUACGAGAACUGGAUGUCCGGCCGACCCGUGAAUAAUGACAACUGUGUGGAAAUGUUGGCCGACGAGGUUAACCGUGGUAAAUGGGAAGAUCAACCAUGCUCAAAGUUGAAUGGUUACAUAUGCAAGCGUGUGGUGAUGUGGUCGGACCAGGAAACGGCGCGUUUGAUCAGGGACAGUCGUAGAAUGUUGGACGGGGCAAUUAGUAAAAUAGGCACGUUGGAGAAAGAUCUAGGUGCCAAAAUCACCCAGUUGGAACAGACUCAAGUGCCUAUUGGCUUUCUCUAUGUACAGCUGCCCGACCAGGCUGAGCCUAAAACAUUGUGGCCGGCAUACACGUGGUCAGAUGUGACGGCCACAUACGGGCAGAGGGUGUUAAAAAUGGUAGCCUAG